AACGUUUCAGUGCAUCCACCAAGUGUACACGCAUACACUAGCUACUACGUCUCACUUUCAGUGGCAACUGGCAAGUGAGUGUGGAGCGAUAGCAGCAAUGGCGGCCUCCUCGUGGCAAGUGGCCCUUCUCGCCGUCGCGGUCUGCGUGCUCCCGGCCCUGCCGGCGGCGGGCGCGGCCCGGGCCUUCUUCAUCUUCGGCGACUCGCCGGUGGACAACGGCAACAACAACUACCUCAUGACGUCGGCGCGCGCCGACUCGUGGCCCUACGGCAUCGACACCCCGGACCACCGCGCCACGGGGAGAUUCUCCAAUGGCAAGAACGUCGUCGACCUCAUCAGCGAGCAGAUAGGAUCCGUGCCGGUGCUGCCGUAUCUUAGCCCCGAGCUGGACGGCGAGAACCUGCUCGUCGGCGCCAACUUCGCCUCCGCCGGCAUCGGAAUCCUCAAUGACACCGGCAUCCAGUUCGUCGAAAAGGUGUGACGACACCCGGGUGCCCCGGCACCCGGUUAUCCUGUCCGUCGAAUGAGUUAAAGAUUCGUGCCGUGUAGCUUUCGGGUACAGACGCUUGUACAGUACUAGUAUGAUUAGCAGGCUUUAUCAGAGAGACAAAUAGCGACGGGAGGAGAGAGGCAUGGCAGGAAUAGGCUCUGCAAGUAUAGGUCUGUCAGCCUCGGGAGGAGUGAGGCAUGUCAGGAAUCGGGCUGGAAAAGAUAUUGCUGUCCACGGGCGGUGUUUAUUGAGAUGACAGCAGAGGGAGAACGAUGCAUGCGCACAGUUGCAUGACAUGAUAUCCCCUUGCGCACAGUCUGCAUCCCUUCUUUUCA